AUGUCUGCAGGAUUUAAUGAAGAGUUGAUUAAUUGUCCAGCAGGGUGUGGACGUAAGUUUAAUAAGGACAGCUUGAUAAUUCAUUACAAGAUAUGUAAAGAUGUAUUCUAACAAAAACGUUGUGUCUUUAAUUCCUAAUUAAAACGAGUAGGAUAUGACUAUUUUAUUGGAAACAAAAAGAAUUUACCUUAAUUUUCAUCACCUAAAUCAAUUAAAAUGAAAACUGAAAACGCUUAAAUUAAAACACCUCAGAUUACAUCAAAAUACUUGCAAGUCAUCUCCACUAAAAGAUUUUGUAAAGGAUGCUUGAGAGAUUUUGAUAUUAAGAUAGCUGAUGAUCAUAUAUAGAAAUGCACUCAGAAGUUACCAAAAAUCAAUGGAUUAUCUAAACUUAAUGAAAUAUAUUGA